CUACUCACCACGUCCAGACCAGCUGAGUCCAGUUGGGCACAUCGGAAGAUCUGUGUAUCUCCUCUGUGUCGCUGUCUCGAUUCCCAACCCCAUCUCUGUCUCGGCAUUGGAUCUGUGGGUCCUGAUGGUGAUCAUCAUGACAGUUGUCGAUGGAGGACGGCGUUGCAGGUCUGGUCCUCCACAUCCUCAACCGACAUGGCUCGAUUGGCCAUAGACGACCACGACCCAGAUAGAUUCACCAUCAUAUGCUGCAACGACAGCUUCCAGGCCGCUCUCGAUCACAACACCAUCAAGAUCCUGCUCAGAGUAUGCAAACGAGCCCGACCCCUCCUGAGCUCCAAGGUUCCUCGUUUCCACUCAUGGUGUCAGAAGGCAGAACUGUGCCGUCCAGACGGACAGAUGCGGAUCGGCCUCACACCGAGCGAUCAGAUUGUCAUCUCCCUGCACUGUGAUGAUCUCGCCGCAUCCGACCGAUCCUGGCUCAUCGAACUAGCUGACCAGGGAAACGCAUCGGCUUCAUAUCUCCUGGCAAGGAUCCUGCAAGCUGAACUUUUCUCCCAGCCCUCGCCUUACAAGUCUCGGCGGCGAGCCAAGCGAUAUCAAAGUGUCCAAUAUCUGAAGAAGGCCGCUGGCGCUGAACACUUGGUGGCCCAGUUCCAUCUGGCUGAGCUUCACCGCAGCGGCAACAUGGUUCGUCAGAAUCACUCCAAGGCAUUCGAUUUAUAUCGUAGCCUUGCAGAAAAUGGACUUGCCCGUGCCCAAGUUGUCCUCGGUCGAUGCUACGAGAGCGGCGAGGGCAUCGAUCAAGACUACGACACAGCCAUCCUGUGGUAUUCCAAGGCAGCAGAUCAAGGCAAUGUCGACGGUCGACUUCAUAGCGCAUUCCUCCGUGGAUGGUUCUCGCUCAUUGGCCAUGAUGUCGAGCAGAGCGAUGUCAAUGCGCUCAACCACUGGCAGGAAGUCAGCACCCUGUCCACUGACCCAGUCCUCAAACCCAUCGCCACACACAUGGUCGGAUGGAUGCACUAUCUCGGCCGGGGCACCGUGCGAGACGAACAGAAGGGGAUCAAAACGAUCCGAGACAGCAAGUCUCCUGAGUUCCCACUUGGAGAAGACGAGUGUCUAGCUGUAUCGCGCUCCCACUGCUCCGACUCACCCGUUGCCCGCAAGCUCUUCAAUCUGUGUCAGCUGGGAUCGGAGCGAGACUGGCUAUGCAGGCAUCUUAUGGCCGUGUGUCUAUUCCAAGGGUUCGGAGUCGCAGUGGAGGAACAAGCAGCGGCGGAUAUAUUUGAGCAACUUGCCAACGACGGCCACAGCGACAGCCAGUUGUGGUUCAGUGAAUGUUUUCGGUAUCAGGGAAACGUGUUGCAAAACGCAAGAAAGGCAUUCAAGUGGUUUGGGAAGUCGGCCGAGCAAGGCAAUUCGUACGGACAGUGGAUGCUUGGAUAUUGCCAUCGCUGGGGAGAUGGAGUCCCUGAAGAUCACCCCCAAAGCUGCUGAGUGGUAUCGCAAGUCAGCCGAACAGGGCAAUCGGAACGGACAGUUCGAGCUUGGUGAUUGUUAUCAGUUUGGCCGUGGUGUUGCCAACAACAUCGACAUUGCUGUCUUUUGGUACCGCAAGUCGGCGGAGCAAGGCCACGAUAGAGCCAUCUACAUCCUCCAGGGGCUCAGCAAGUGGCCU